CUUUCCUCUUUACCACCAUGUCCUACUACCCGUCAAAUCACCAAAACUCGGACUAUGGCGCACCAUUUGCGCCACCCAAUAAUCAAGGUUACUAUCCUCCCGGAGGAUUCAAUCUGCCUCAGGCUCCUGGUAAUCCUCCCCCUAUUCCAUCGUAUUCUUAUCCUGCAUCAAAUUAUCAAACUCAUCCCCCUCCUCCUUCUUUUCACAACGGAUAUGCGCCAACGUAUCUACCCGCUCCAGCAUCCCAAUCGCACGGAGGUUACACUCCCGGCCCUCCUCCUCCGUCACAAUCGACAUAUCCAGGAGUCUCUUACCGAGCUCCACGGUAUUCUCACUAUCAAAAUCAAGCAUCUGUUAUACAAUACCGCAAUACGCCUGUUCCGGCACCUGUAGGGUACGAUAUGCCACCUUUGGGUGAUAUUGCUCCGGGGUACGACCCUUCGACGGAUAUUGACAAGAUUCGGAAAGCCACGAAAGGAAUAGGCACUGACGAGACUGCCCUUAUUGCUGUUCUAGCUCAUCUUGGGUCGCUUCCUAUAGCUUCGCUGUCGGCAGCUUUCAAGGCGAGGACAGGGAAAACUCUAGUCGAAGUUUUGGACAGUGAGACUAGCGGAUAUUUCGGAGAAACUCUCCACGGACUAGUGCAAGGCCCACUUUGGCACGACGCUGAACUUGCCCGGAGUGCAAUUCAAGGGGCAGGAACGGAUGAACUGCUUUUGACCGAGGUCAUCGCCGACCUGACUCCUUCAGAUCGCCAAAAUCUCUUUAUGGCAUACCGGAUGCGCUACGGUCGCGAUCUCCAAGCUGAUAUACGCAACGACUUGAGUGCAAAGACCGAAAGACAAGCUCAGAGGAAUGUGCUCUCUAGCUCUACCGGUGUUGCAUUCGAUCCUCCGAUGCUUCUAGUGCGGUUAGCAGAAAAGGAAAAAGCGCAUCGCGAGAAGGAAAUUUGUUUAACGGGCGACGAACGGGUCGCGUUGAACAGUCUACUCAGUUAG